AUGUGUAACACAUUUUCGAAACUGGCUGUGGGAUCAGCUGAGAAGAGGGCUUUUGUUGAAAAUGCCUGCAGAGAAUCCACCGCAAGUCCGCAACCCAAAUCCAAAAGGCAAGAGGAGUCAUCUUCGUCAUCGCUUUGCUUGAUCGAUGAUUUUGUCAAGAGAUUACAACAAUUGAACCUCGCGUACGAUGCUGCGACUGCGAGGUUGACAGAACUCGCAUCUCUCAACGACAACAAGAAGAAGAAGCUUCACCUAGUCCUUGACUUGGACCACACGCUUAUCCACUCAACGCUUGUUUCAGACUUUUCUAUAAAGGAGAAGUAUCUUCUCGAAGAAGAUGAUUCAAGGCUUGAUCUAUGGAGAUGCAACGAAUAUAUGAUAAAGCUACGACCUUUUGUUCAUGAGUUUCUAUUAGAAGCCAAGAAGCUUGAUAUACUUUUCACCAUGCACGUUUACACAAUGGGCAGUUCCAGUUACGUUAAGAUGGUGUUGAUGUGGAUUGAUCCGGAUAAAGUAUACUUUCGAAACCGAGUCAUAACCAGAGAAGCAAGUCCUUACUAUAAGACACUUCAUCUUGUAAAGGCUGAUAAGCGUAGAGUGGUGAUUGUGGAUGAUACGAUUGAUGUUUGGCCUUAUCACCAGAGAAACUUGUUGCAGAUCACCAGAUACAAAUAUUUCAGAGACGCUGGUACAAUGUCGGAAUCAUACGCAGAAGCGAAGAAAGACGAGAGCCGACGCAAAGGAUCAUUGGCAUAUGUUUUGAAGUUCCUUAAACAUGUUCACAAAAGAUUCGAAGAGGAGUUAGAUUGUAAAGAUUUGAGGCCAUUGAUACCUGCUCCUUGCACACAAUGCUGCUUCUGACU